GCGGCCGUUGUACGCCACGCUCGCUCGCUCGCUCGCUCUCUCCUUUUUGAGAAUUGAGAGAGACCUGACCUCGUAACAAAAAAGCAACCAGCGAGCUACAUACACUUUAAAAACACUUCCUAAAUGUUGAACUGUUCACCGAUUGGGGGAAGAGGAGAGAUCGAUCUCUCCGUCGAGAUCUGAGAGAGACGAGCGUAAUUUUCCGUUUUGCAAUUCGUACUACUACCUUGAUCCUUCUUCGGUUUGAUCCAUUCCAAGAUAUCCGAGUGUUCGGAUUGAUUUCUAUGUGUAAAGGACACAAUGCCAGGAGGGCUUUCAGUUCAAGAAGAUGAAAGAGCAAGGAAAUCUGAUAUUGAGACCUCCGAGGAUGAGAGGAGAAGAACUCGGAUCGGAUCUCUCAAGAAGAAGGCAAUGCAUGCUUCGACCAGGUUUACUCAUACUCUUAGGAGGCGGGGAAGACGGGUAGGUGACUGCCGAUAUACUUCUGUUUCGAUAGAAGAUUUUCGAGAUGCAGAGGAGGAAGAAGCAGUAAAUGCAUUUCGCCGGGCCCUGCUCAAAAGAGAUCUGCUUCCGGUUCAUUAUGACGAUUAUCAUACCAUGCUUAGAUUUUUGAAGGCAAGAAAGUUUGAUAUUGAAAAAACUGUCCAUAUGUGGGCAGAAAUGCUCAAGUGGAGAAGAGAGUGGGGUGUUGAUUCUAUUGUACAGGACUUCAUAUUUCAUGAGUUUGAAGAAGUUCAAUGUUAUUAUCCUCAUGGCUACCAUGGAGUGGACAAAGAGGGAAGACCUGUUUAUAUUGAAAGACUUGGAAAAGUUGAACCUAGUAAGCUUAUGAGUGUAACAACUGUGGACCGGUUUCUAAAGUACCAUGUUCAGGGGUUUGAGAAGGCCUUUCUUGAGAAAUUUCCAGCAUGUUCUAUUGCGGCUAAGAGGCAUAUCGACUCUUCAACAACGAUAUUGGAUGUGCAAGGAGUGAACUGGAUGAGUUUUGGCAAGGUUGCACAUGAUCUUGUCAUGCGCAUGCAGAAAAUUGAUGGUGACAACUAUCCUGAGACAUUGCAUCAAAUGUUCAUUGUUAAUGCUGGUAGUGGGUUCAAGUUACUAUGGAAUACUGUAAAAAGUUUUCUUGAUCCAAGGACUACUGCAAAAAUACAUGUUCUAGGAAAUAAAUACCAGAAUAAGCUGCUAGAAGUCAUAGAUUCCAGCCAAUUGCCAAAUUUUCUAGGUGGCUCUUGUGCAUGCCCAAAUGAAGGAGGGUGCCUUCGAUCUGAUAAAGGACCAUGGAAUGAUCCAGAAAUAAUGAAACUGUUACAUACUGGAGAAGCAGCAUACUUGACAAAAUCUACUGAUGUUUCUGAUGAAGACAAUAUGCUAAUCAAAAUUCAUGCCUCUAAGGCUGUAGGAAAUGAAAUAUCAGCUGCAGAGUCAGGCUCAGACAUUGAAGACUUCCGCUCUUCAACUGGGAGAAGGAAUUCUGGAUUCACACAAUUAAUUCCUCUUCAUGAAGAAGAAAGAAGGGAUAAUUCUGGGCCUCCCCAAAGCCAAGAUGAAUCAAUUAGUGUUGGCACUGCAGUUCAGGUUGUUGGUCCAACAGAUGAUUCAGUUGAUAAUCUUACUGAAAGAACGCUGCCAAAGUUAUUUUUCCCUCAUAUAAAAAGCUUAGCCACUUCAUUUGUAGUUAAGCUAUUGGCAGCUCUAGGCAUUUUUCUCAGUAGUUUGCGGAGAAUGGCUGCAAUGCAUCAUGUAGAUGAACAGUUGGAUAUCCAGUUUGAUCAAGAGGUGCUUGGUUCAAGUUCUCAAGAUGAGCACACUUCUCCAGCUGCAGGAGAGGGUCUCAUUUAUCCAUGUUUGCAAAGGCUUCAAAGGUUAGAAGCAUUGGUAACCGAGCUGACCAAUAAACCUGUUACAAUUCCUCCAGAGAAGGACGUCAUACUAAUAGAAUCGUUGAACCGUAUUAAAUCGAUAGAACAUGACUUACAGAAGACUAAAAAAGCACUGCAUGCAACAGCAUCAAAACAAGUGGAGCUUGCAGAAUCUUUGGAGAAUUUGAAGGAACCCCGUCUAAAUAAGAGAAACUCUUGCUGGUCAGGAGAUUGCAAGUCUCUUCCGCCUGGUAGCUGAAUAUAUUGUUUGGAAAGAUUGGAUGCCGAAGUUGUUGGCUGAGCUUCCUUCUUUACCUAGAGUAUCCAGAAUGCAUACAACGGCCACAAAGAGAUAAGGAUCUCUUUGAACAGUUCCCGGUCACUAAAUCAAGGUUUGAUAAUGGGAAGGUGCACACCUAUUAACACAGCCCCAAAUGGAAAUGCACUAUGUAUCCUUUAAAAGUGUUAAGAGGAAUAGGCAUCAUAAUGUCAUAUAUUUAUGCAACAUUGCCUUUGCAUCAAUGUUCUUAUGGUUAUUUCUUCUUCUUUUUGCAAUGUUCAUAUGUCAUACUUCAUUUGUAUUCAAUGAUAAUAUAGAACAUAUG